CCAAUUGUGCGUGAUUUUCAAGUCCAUGGCAAACUAUAUAAGCAUCAACCUUCCCCUCCUAACUCCAUCCUCACACACACACAUCAUCCUCUCCUUUUCUAACGUUCUUCAUUCAUCAUGGCUUUGCCACAGCAUCAACCGGUUGAUUAUCCCAGUUUCAAGCUCGUCAUCGUAGGCGAUGGAGGAACUGGGAAAACCACUUUUGUCAAGAGACACAUAACUGGGGAAUUUGAGAAGAAAUACGAACCAACCAUUGGCGUGGAGGUUCAUCCACUAGACUUUCACACCAAUUGUGGAAGAAUUCGCUUUUACUGCUGGGACACUGCUGGCCAAGAAAAAUUUGGUGGUCUCAGAGAUGGUUACUAUAUUCAUGGCCAGUGUGCUAUCAUUAUGUUCGAUGUAACGGCUCGCUUGACGUACAAGAAUGUUCCUACAUGGCACAGAGAUCUAUGUCGGGUGUGUGAGAACAUACCCAUUGUUCUCUGCGGAAACAAGGUUGAUGUGAAGAAUAGACAGGUUAAAGCAAAGCAGGUUACAUUUCACAGGAAGAAGAAUCUUCAGUACUAUGAGAUAUCUGCAAAGAGUAACUACAAUUUCGAAAAGCCCUUUUUAUACCUCGCCAAGAAACUUGCAGGGGAUGCUGGCCUUCAUUUUGUGGAGAUGCCUGCUCUUGCUCCACCAGACGUAGUCAUUGAUCUAGUUACCCAACAAAUGAAUGAAGAAGAGCUAGCUAAGGCGGCUGCUCAACCUCUUCCAGAUGACGAUGAUGAAACAUUUGACUAAACUUUCAGGCUUUCCAGAAAAUAGCUGAUGGAAAAGAAUGAUAUUUCCUCUGGUUUGAUACGUUGUAACCUUGGGGUGAGUUUCAUGAAAUAGAAAGCAGGAAGUAAGGGUGGAGCUCUGUGUAGCAGAUGCAUAAAUAAGCAGUAUUUCUUACUUUUUUUUUCCUGCUGUUACGCUGUGGUUAAUAGUAAUCAAUUGCCUUCUUCUGUCUUUAAA